AUGCUUUUGCCGAUUGCCUUUGCUAGCUUGGCCGUUGCGACAGAACACCUCACAGAGUCACCUCCAUACUAUCCAUCUCCGUGGGCAUCUGGACAGGGAGGCUGGGAAGAUGCUGUCGAAAGAGCACGGGAUUUCGUUUCUCAAUUGACCCUGGUCGAGAAGGUCAAUUUAACAACGGGCGUCGGAUGGAUGCAAGAAAACUGCGUGGGCCAAGUCGGGUCAAUUCCUCGUAUGGGCUUGCAUUCGCUUUGCAUGCAAGAUGGCCCUCUUGGAAUUCGAUUUGCCGAUUAUGUUUCUGCUUUCCCCGCCGGGGUUAAUGUCGGCGCAACAUUUAGUAAGGAGCUUGCUUAUCUUCGCGGCAAAGCAAUGGGCGAGGAGCACCGAGAUAAAGGUGUCGACGUUGUAUUGGGUCCUGUGGUUGGACCGUUGGGCAGGUCGCCAGAUGGAGGGCGGAAUUGGGAAGGUUUCAGCCCUGAUCCUGUCAAUUCCGGGCUCCUUGUUGCAGAGACCAUCAAGGGAAUUCAAAGUGCCAGCGUCAUUGCUUGUGUCAAGCAUUUCAUAGGCAACGAGCAAGAGCGAUUCCGCCAGGGCCCUGAGGCUCAAGGGUAUGGUUUCGAUAUCUCAGAGAGUUCAAGUUCCAAUAUUGACGAUGUAACCAUGCAUGAGCUCUAUCUCUGGCCAUUUGCGGAUGCAGUUCGAGCCGGAGUUGGGUCCGUUAUGUGUUCAUACAAUCAAAUUAAUAACAGCUACGGUUGCGGAAACAGUUACACUCAGAACAAACUACUCAAGGCUGAACUUGGAUUCCAGGGGUUUAUAAUGAGCGACUGGCAGGCUCACCAUAGCGGGGUUGGCUCUGCUCUGGCUGGCCUAGAUAUGUCAAUGCCAGGCGAUACUGUGUUUGGGACAGGUCGAUCCUACUGGGGACCCAACUUGACAAUUGCAGUCGCUAAUGGAACUAUCCCGGAAUGGCGAGUGGAUGAUAUGGCCGUUCGAAUUAUGGCGGCUUAUUUCAAAGUUGGCCGGGAAGCAGCUAAAGUGCCCGUCAAUUUCAAUUCCUGGACUCGAGAUGAAUACGACUAUACGCAUGCUCUCGUUAAAGAAGGUUACGGUAAAGUUAAUGAGAGAAUUAAUGUUCGAGCCAAGCAUGCCAGUAUCAUCCGACAAGUUGGGGCAGCUAGCGUCGUGCUUCUUAAACAUACCGGAAGCCUCCCUCUGACCGGUUUGGAGAAAAAUGCUGCGGUCAUUGGGGAAGAUGCUGGGCCAAACCUUUGGGGCCCGAACGGCUGCCCUGAUCGACGUUGUGAUAACGGCACAUUGGCGAUGGGGUGGGGCAGCGGUACCGCCGAUUUCCCAUAUCUGGUGACACCCGCUGAAGCAAUCCAGAACGAGAUCUUAUCUAAGGGAGAAGGUUCUGUGUUCCCGAUUUUUGAUAACUGGGCAUCGGAUCAGAUCAAGUCAGCGGCAUCUCAAGCUACAGUUUCUCUAGUUUUUGUCAAUGCCGAUUCUGGAGAAGGAUUCAUUUCCGUUGAUGGGAAUGAAGGAGAUCGUAAGAAUCUAACCCUUUGGAAAGGAGGUGAUGAAUUGAUCCAAACCGUGGCAUCAUAUUGCAACAAUACCGUUGUCGUGAUACACAGUACUGGACCCGUCUUGGUCGGCGAGUGGAACGAACACCCAAACAUUACUGCAAUCUUGUGGGCUGGUUUGCCUGGCCAAGAGAGCGGUAACUCGAUUGCGGAUGUUCUAUAUGGAAAAGUCAACCCAGGUGGCAGAUCCCCCUUCACGUGGGGUAGAACCGCUGAGGAUUACGGCGCAUCCAUUUUGAAGGAGCCAAAUGAAGGAAACGGCGCACCUCAAGUAGAUUUCACCGAAGGCAUUUUUACAGAUUACAGAGCAUUUGACAAGGCGGACAUAAAACCCAUCUACGAAUUUGGUUUUGGGCUUAGCUACACUUCUUUUUCAUAUUCCGACUUGAAUGUUGAAGUCCCUCCAUGGACUCUCAUUACGGACUACAGAACGAAGAUUACAUCCCUCCUGGCGCAACCGAUGGCUCUCCACAAGAACUUCUUCCUGCUGGUGGGGGACCCGGUGGAAAUCCUGGUCUUUAUGAAGUAUUAUAUCGUGUGA